UCCAUCAUCACCAAAAUCACAUCGUCAUGCUUGAUCAACCUGAACAAUGGAGAAGUGCCUGGUCACGGAGAUCAUGACUCAACAUAUGACCCCUUCUAAGUUACAACUUCCUAGCUUCCUCCCUUUAGAUCUAAUCUGAGCCUUACCAAACCACCUUAGCUGAUGUGCUGGAUGUACUCUCUUUGCUGUACUAUCACAUACUUGACGUCUUCCAUAACGCGAUGACCUAUCGCCUCUCUAUAUACUCAACAUGGCUACCUCCGUUGCUCCCAUGAUGGGUGGGAACGGUCCAGAUGAGAGCGACUACGGGUCCGACUUUUCAAUAGGAGAAGAGGUUAUCGUAAAUCGACUUCUCGAAGAUAUUAGAAACAAGAGUGGCUCACCGAGUGAAUCUACGAGUUCUUUUUCUAGUCCUACCCAAUUCACUUUGCCUAUAGAUACGGAUGCUAAAGCCUCCGGGACUCUAUCUACCCUAUUGCCACCUCCGAAAUUGGAAAAUUUACACUUUGGAUCGGGUCAGCGUAACUACUCAACGGGCACUCUACCUAGGAAAUCCAGCGCGUCCGCGAAUAAUCGUAGGCAAUAUAGCGACGAGUCGAAUACCCGCUCAAAUACAAAUCAUUCCAAUGAUGCAAAUGCGAGCACUCCAUUACAUAUCCCAUCCGACGAUGUCCUGUACCCAGAUCUUAGCCAUGCCCUAUCAAUUGUCAAUCCUAAUGUAGCUCCAAAUAUAGCUUCCAAUAUAGCUUCCAACGUAUCUUCCAAUAUAGAGACCCCAAUACCGGAAACUUCCAAGCGACCGAAAGAUUCUUCGUCUCCACUGAAGCGCUUUCGCUCCUUUCCGAAGAGGCCGCUCACCGUUUCUGACUUGUCAUCCGGUGCCUGGUGCGAGCUUCAAUAUUGGUAUACACUCACUCGGCUGCCUGGAGGGAGGAAGACGCGAACGGCGGCGAUGAAAGGGGGAACCCGUGUUCACCAGACGUUAGAGGAUCAAGUUCAUACGACAGUCCAAGUUAGCAUAACUAACAAAGAGGAAGCGUUUGCGCUACGGCUAUGGAAUGUCAUCCAAGGACUGCGCACGCUUCGGGAUGCUGGUCUGACCAGAGAAUUGGAAGUAUGGGGGAUCAUCGAAGGUCAGAUCGUCAAUGGUAUCAUAGACGAAAUCAGCCACGAAAGUCCAAAUCCCAUGUUCGAGCAAGAGCUCAGCCUCUCCCAAUCAUCCAGGGGCUUCGUCGACACAACCUCAAAGGAACAGUCGGCGAUAACGGACUAUCUCAAACCGCAUCACAAAACAUUUUACCUUACUGACGUCAAGACUCGCGCCUCAGAAAGGCUUCCUACCGGUGCAGCUCUCAGGCCGGCGAGGGUUCAGCUGUUCCUGUAUCAUCGUCUUCUGGGUGAGAUGGCUUCUGGGACGGUAGAUUUUAAUGUUAUAUUGGACCGAUACGGUCUGAGAGCCGAGGCAUUGUUUUCGGACGCCUUCAUGGCCCAGGUAGGCGAUCUGCACGAUGAAAUAUUCUACGACGCAGACUCUGAAUUUGGCGGGGCGCCGUCGACUCCUCAUUCCAAUCGAUCUGGGCAAGGGCCUCCGUCGUCAAGUCAGUCGUAUCAAAUGAUGCCGCCCGCAGAAUUGAUUAGAUAUCGAUCCAUUGCGCAGAUGCUCCCACUACUUCGGUCAGAGCUGCGGGAGACUUUCCCACGCGGCGCCGCUACUCUUGGCGAGCUUCUCGCCGUUCAAUACCGCCACAGAGACGACGGUCGCAUCAUCGGGAUCAACGCGUUUCCCAACGACCCCGAAGCGCUGAAAGGAUAUCUUCAACGAGACCUGCAAUGGUGGCGCGGGGAGAGGGAGGCUGAUGGCGUUUGCAUCGAAGAGACUUAUAAAUGUCGAUCAUGCGAGUUCGCGGAGAGUUGUCAGUGGCGAAAGGAUAAAGAAACUGCGAUUCUACAGAAAUCGAGAAAAGUUUUGCGCGCCAGCAGCUGAUAGUAAAAUUUACGCAGCUUCAUUUUUCACUACUUACCUACCUCCUACCUACUAUCCAGUAGCUGCCCACCUGAAUAAUUUAUGAUGAAUGAUACCUACCUACCUA